UCCGUUGGAGACGCUCCGUUAGAUUUUCAGAGGAACGGGAAAAGCAGGCGACUCUUUGGAGAAAUACGCGCAGAUCAGCUCGUCCAAAAUUGGCUCCUUCUUAACUUUGGGCUCUCCUCACAUGAAAUCCGAGGCCAGAAAAAGCGUGUUUGCUUUGGUCCUUCCCAGCUUGAGAGGACUUCCACCAUCAGAGGCGAUGAGAUGUGAGUGAGCUAUGCCUUGUGGAAAUGGAGCGACUGUAACCCAGCGAAAACAUGGCGUCUGUGGGCCCGGCUUCUACUUCUUGUCCAGCCUGCUGCUGGUGGCCCUGUGCUGUUUGGAGUCGUGGAGCCUCGGCUCGCAGACGGCGGCCGGCAGGGGCUGCACACCCUGUCCCGUUAACUGCAGCUGCACGCCCGCGGGGUCCCAGCAGAGCUGCGUGGUCAACUGCUCCAACGUCGGCCUGGAGAGGGCCCCUGGAGCGGCAGAAAUGCCGCUGGACACCAGUGUGCUAGAUCUUUCCAAGAAUCAGAUCUCCUCCCUUGAUACAACUCUGCUAAAUCGACUCCCUGGCCUUCGAGAGCUAUAUCUACAAGAUAACAGGAUUGUUAUUCUGCCAAGAGGAGUAUUCUGCUGUGGCCCUUUGUCGAUCCUUGAUUUGAGCAACAACCAAAUCACCAAGAUCGAAGAAAGAAUAUGUGACAACCUGUGUAAUUUGACGCAAAUUGACCUAACCAGUAACCCCUUUGAGUGCGACUGUAAGCUCUUCCACUUGGUCAACUGGCUCCAAGAGAAAGGGGUACGAGUUCACCGGCCUGAUGCCAUGCUCUGUAACCAACCUCCUGAGCUCCGCCACCAACCUCUGCUAAAUGUCAGAGUGCUCGCCUGCGGUCUAAAUUAUGCCGCUUGUCUUGAGGACAGCAGCAGUGGAGGAGGGGGACGGAGCGAGCUUGUCAUCUUCUCGUCCUCCACGCCGGGCAACUUCACGCGUGAACAGUGUAACAGCAUUUGCUUUGCUGCGUCACACCGCUAUGGCGGGCUAGGGGCAAGACAGCAGUGUCUCUGCAGUACAAACUCUGAGCCCAACUUCAUCAGUGAAUCUCAGUGUUCUGCUGCCUGUACCAACCCCAGUGUCAUGAAGGAAUGUGGGUGGACUCUAGCCCAAGAUGUAUUUGCAGUAGACUUCUCUAUCUUACUGAAGGCCCUCCCACUGCAAAACAUUCACAACAGCAUCAGUUUUUCAGUCGUGUCCUCCGUCAUGCCAGUAAUGCUGUCCUGGGAGUUUGGUGACCUUUCACCUCGUGUCAACACCUCAGCAACAGACGUCACCAUGGCGAUGCACAAAUAUGGACUUCCAGGACAGUAUGUUGUCAGUGUGAUAGCUUGGGCUGGACACAAGGAGGUGUCUGCACGUGGAGAAGUGACCGUGGCAUUUCCUCCUAAACUGGAGCUGCACUGCCCACCUCUUACUGUGGUCAAUGGAAGCCUGGAAGUCACGCUUGUCAGCUGGGGAUCUCUUGGCCUAAAUGUAGACUGGCAGAUUGCAAAAGAUGAUGUGCAGGUCACUAAAGCCUCUCCUCACUGUCCAAAAGAUGGGGUCUACCAUAUCGAGUCUUCAUGCUGUUUUGAGAUUGUUCUGGGGGAGAUGAGCUGGACCGAUGCGCGUCAACAAUGUUUAGACCAUGGCGGGGAUCUGGCAAUAGUCAGAGAUGACACGCUGCGCAACCUGCUAGCUCAUAAAGUCACACAGGAACGAGGAGUGUGGCUUGGCUUGAGCGAUGUCACUUCCCCGGGCAGGCUGCAAUGGGUCAACGGUUUUGAGGCCCAGAAUGGAGAGGAAGGCCCGCAGCCUCGUUUCCCGAUCUCCCGUGGCAACGUUUGUGUGUCCCUUGAUCAGCGUGCUCAGACCAGUUUGCACCCAUGCAAUACUCAGCGUGCAUUUGUCUGUCAGUACAGCCCUCAAGUACAAGUUCCAGAUGCAGGGAUCUACAUGGUUGGAUUGGCAGUGUUUCCCUCCCAUAAUUCAUUGCUUCAAGCGCCAGUUGCUCCAUUCUCUACUGCACAAACACCCAACAUUGGCAUAGAAUUAAUGCUGUUCCCGGCACUGAGCUUUGUUCAGCCGGGUCGUCUGUCUUCUCUUGAGUUUGUCAUGCGGGAGCUUAGCUCACAUGUUCACAUCCGACUCCAGAUCUACCGACCUCACUGUUAUUAUCCCGGCCUGCACCUGCUCCUGCCUGGUUGUCAUGGUCCACUUUGCGCACCAGUGGCGAUAUGUGUUCCAGAUUACAGCAGGAACGUUGAUCCACCCUCUUGCCCCCGAUUACAACAGUGGUGUCCGUUCCAGCACCGAUGCCUGGACCUCUUUAGUCCCUGUCAGCUAUCUUCCUGUCCUAAUUGCACCAAAGCUCACCACCUUCCUCCUGGUGCUCUGAGACCUCAGUAUACCUUACAGGACGAGGUGCCCUUCACACUGCCUGCAGGACCAGCUGCAAAUGUUCUGAUACAAGAGGAGUUAGAAGACCUUUUGGUUUUUGCCGGUGACGUCAUUGGCCUUCAACACGAUGCUGGCCCAGCCGCCCUUCUUCGCUGCCAGUCCUCUCCAACCUCACUGUGGCGACAGCCUGUUUUAGCCCUCAACCAUUCCGAGUGGAUCUUGAUUAACACCAGCAGAGAGUCAGCAGACAGUUCAGCUGACCACAGUGUUGAACCUCAGCCCCAUCUUGACUUGGAAUCACUGCUUCAAGCUGGUGAGGGCGGCUGGUUGGAGGAAGUGGUGUGCCCCAUCAGAGUGCUCUAUGUGGGACACAGCGAGAUCCCGCUGCAGGGAGCACCGCUGUCUGCUGGCCUGUCCCAGCCCGGUCUCUACACUCUGCAGGUGACCUCUGUUGAACCAUCAUAUCCAGCCUCAGCAACAUGCCCUUUGGAAGUGGUUCCUCCUUUGGACUUAACCAUUUUGCACCCACCUCUCCUGAAUGGCAGCCUCUACCUACAGCCCAACAAUACUCGCGUACUUCUCCAUGUCCAGUCCCGAUACACCACAAGGGCAUCUCAACGAGGAACUAAUUAUAGUGUUACUUUUCAGCCAGACUGUCCUUCAAUUUUUUCAUCCAGCCCCACACUGUGCAAGCCCAGGUCGUGUUCAGGGACGAAGGUCACAGAACCGAGUCUGUAUGCAGUACUGGAUUUAAGCUUGGUGGUAGAGGAGCAAAGGGGUCUAAUUCAGGUGGAGCUGCAAGCCUAUAAUAAUUUGACAAAAUCCAGUUUGACUGUGGUGGUUCAUGUGGAAGAACCACUCAGAGGACUAGUGGUCCAGCCCUAUCCUGCUCACAGGGUACUGAUGGAGUCAGUCGUGAGUUACACAGCAUCAGUGCUUGAAGGCUCCAAUCCCACAUUUAAAUGGACAGUUGAUGACAAGCCCUACUUUACGUAUUACAACACCGUCCUCAAUGUAAUCUACCAGAAUGCUGCCGUCUACAAGCUCACAGUGACGGCUAUGAACCAUAUCAGCAGCCUCACAGAGCAUUUCAAUGUCACUGUGGACCAGCUCCAACCCAUGACCAACCUCACAGUGAGGGGUGUUCCAGAUGUGGUCCCUCAAGGCUCUGCUCAGACACUCACCGCUUCUGUUCUCGUGGACAUGUCUGUGUUGGCUACCUUUCGAUGGUCUUUUGGUGAUGGGGGAUAUCAAGAGUUUGAAUUCAAGCCUCCCUACCCACAAUCCCUUUUUCACCCAGAUUCUCCGAAUCAGGUCCUCCUAAGCAACAACAUCACAUAUAUCUACUCCCAGCCAGGGAUAUACACUGCACUGGUGUCAGUCUCCAAUCGUUAUGAGAACAUCAGUCUGAGCAUCAACAUGAGUGUCUACAGCGUCCUCACUCAUGUCGAUAUACAAACAGAGCCACGACUUCUCCUUGCUGGCAAAUCGGCAGAUUUUGAAGCUCACCCCUUGCCCUCACCCUACGGCAUUCACUAUGACUGGAACUUUGGAGAUGAUUCUGCUCAGUCUCAAGGUCGGCGAGUGGCACACACAUACAUGGACAGUGGUGCCUUUAAUGCCUGUGUGUCCGUAAAUAACACCAUCAGCUAUACCAGAGCCUGUGCUGACAUGUUUGUAUUUGAGGAGAUAGAAGAAUUGAGAGCUGAAAGCUCCUCUCCUUCAGAACUUCACAGUCCUACUAUAGUGAAAGCACACCUUGCUUCAGGUAAUAAUAUCACAUGGACAUUCUCUAUGGGCGAUGACAGCAAUUACACUACAUCUGAACCCUACGUGUCACACAGCUAUCCUAAAGAUGGCAACUACACAGUGAACGUGACUGCUGCAAAUGCUGUGAGCUCCGGCUGGACACUUGUUACAGUGCACGUCUAUGUGUUCCAAGUUAUCAGGAUAGAGCCUUCCGGAUGUGUCCAAGAAAGGACCCCCAUUUACUUUGAUACUUUGGCGUCUGGCAAUGUUUCAGCCAGCCUUUAUGAAUGGAGCUUUGGAGACGGAAGCCCGAACGAGACAUACCUCGGGAACCCCAGAGUCUCUCACACCUACAACACAAGCGGGAACUACCACCUUUCUCUUAAUCUUUCAAGUGGGCUCAACAAGGCCUCCAAGGCCCACUACUUCAAAUUGGUGUGUGUAGAGCCAGCCUUAACUAGCAUCAACCUUACCCUUGAGAAAACGCACUAUGCUGUCGGAGAAGAGAUCCGGUUGCAGGUUAGAGCUGAGCCACAAUAUACCUACAGCUAUCAGUGGAACUUGGGCACAGAUGAAGAACCUUUGCGGAUUUAUGGCUCUGGGAAUGCCCUGACAACAUAUAAAAAUCCAGGUCAUUACAUAGUGACAGUAACUGUCUUCAAUAACAUCUCCACAAGUAAUGCUAGUGUUCUGGUUCAGGUUCAGAUGCCCAUAGGGCCCAUUGUUAUUCAACAUAAUGGCACUGAGAACAAUUACCUUAUACUUAGGGAACCUUAUUUAUUCACAACCUUAGUCUCAUCUCCUGAUGUCACGCACACAUGGAACUUUGGAGAUGGGAACCUCUUCAAGGGGCACAGUGUCCCCUACACCUACAACUUCUCUGGAAACUACAGCAUCACACUGACAGCAGCCAACUCUGUCAGCAGGAAUCACAGUAUUUUACCUGUUGCUGUGCUCUCACCAAUACGUGGGUUAACAAUAAACGCCAGCCUAAUAAACGUUCCUCUCAAUGCCUCAGUUGACUUUGAGGCUCAAAUUGUGGAGGGAGAUGAAGUCAAAUUUUCCUGGAUCUUGUGUGACCACUGCACCUCGAUUCAAGGGAUCGACACCAUGUUCUACACCUUCCGCUCAGUUGGCACUUUCAACAUUAUUGUGACAGCAGAGAACAACAUAGGGAAGGCUCAAGCUAGUAUCUUCCUAUUUGUCCAACGGGAAUUACAGGGGCUCCAUAUUUUACCCGAGGAGGAGAUGGGAGUAAGUGGCGACACAGGAGUGGAUGGUUGCUGCUUUGCUACGAACCGUGUUCUCCACCUUCAUGCAGGCUUGAAAGAAGGAACAAACAUGACUUUUACCUGGAACAUCAUCAGUGAACUAGAUCCCAUUAGCUCGAGAUUCAACAUCAGUGGCAAAACUGUGGAGGUCAAUUUCUCCACACCGGGACGGUGCGUCGUCAUUCUUCGAGCAGCUAACCUUUUGGGCCAGCUUUCCGUCAACAGAACCAUCCACUUCUUAGAGCCAGCUGAAGGGGUGUAUCUACAGAUUAUUAACAACCGUGUUGCUGUCAAUGCUCAUACUAAUCUGUCAGUAUCCACUUUGGGGGGCUCAGACCUGCAAUACCGCUGGUUUGUGAAUGGAGAUAUGCUGCAGUGGAAAGAGCCCUGGAAGACUCACACGUUUUCAAGUCCUGGCCUAUAUUUGGUCACUGUGGAGGUCUUCAAUGAAGUUAGCUUUAAGCCUGUGUCUGAGAGAGUCAUCGUCCAGGAGGUCAUAUCUGGGCUUGGGUUUACAGCAACCGAUGCGACUGAGCAGAAUUACAUAGCAACAGGUGUCCCUGUCGAACUCCACGGAGAAGUGGUGAAAGGAACCGAUGUGACAUGGACAUGGAUGCUUGAUGGAACAACAGAAACAGGACAGAAUACAUCGGUUGUGUUCCAGGAGCCAAAGACAGCCAUUAUUACAUUGAAUGCCACCAACGAUAUCAGUGAGCAAAUGGUUUCAAAAGAGUUCUUUGUUCAGGACAAGAUUCAGGGGUUGGAGCUGAGGUCAAGUAAAAAGAUUGCAGUGGUCGGUGAGAGGGUAGAGUUCACCAUUUCUAUGGCUGCUGGAUCAGAUGUUGACCUGAUCCUCAGCAUCAGCGGAGAUGCCACUGUUACCCCGCAACUCAACCAAACCUAUGUGCACGUAUUCACCAGGGUAGAUACCUACAUGGUCAACCUCACUGCUCACAAUCAGGUAAGUUUCAAGAGGCGACACCUCCAGGUUGAGGUGAUGGAGCCAGUACGUGGACUGUCUAUCCAAGGAAGCUGCACAGCAAUCCCUGUUGGUGUGAAGAGAUUAUUUACUGCCAGCAUUGUGACUGGUAAACCUGUUCGUUUUCUCUGGACCUUUGAUCUGCACCACCUCCACAAGACAUCACAUUUUGGCAAAGAGCAGGUGGCGUACAUCCCAGAAGAAGCAGGUUUAUUGACUAUUUACCUGAGGGCCUUCAAUGCACUGCAUGCUCAGAACAUCACCAAGCACAUCCUUGUGCAGAACCUGCUUAUGGAUGCGGUCCUAUAUGCAACACCUCAGGACACUUUGGUCAAUAAGACUGUCACUCUUGUGGCUUCUGUCACACCCAGAUCAAAUCCUUUAGAGUGCUUCUGGGACUUUAAUGAUGGCUCUACUCCAGUUCACACCAACACCUUAACUGUGGGCCAUGAAUACAAAAACCCAGGAAGCUACAUGGUCCAAGUGAAUUGUAGUAAUCUGGUGAGCUGGGUGUUGGCUCAGGUAGAAGUAAACAUCAGUGUCCUGGAGUGUGAGGAACCAGAGGUACAAGUGAUUCAAGCCCCCCGCCUCGCCAUCUGGAGAUCCCAGCCUACUUUUGUGGAGGCCACUGUGGACCUGAAAGGCUGUGUUAUAUAUGGAGCACAGUACUUGUGGCAAGUAGUCACAACACCAUCAUGUGAUAGUGACUACCUCCUUCCCCCUGAGGUCUUGACUCGUCCCUCUCAGCCAUUCCCAAAUACCGAAAUCCCCCUUCCGGUAGAGGUGGAUGUGCGGCGGCUACAGCUGUCGUUGCCCAAGAUGGCGCUGGCUACAGGGAACUACACUUUGGUAUUUUCUCUGUCAUAUGAAGGUGUGCCGUUGAGGAAAGCAGCCUGUCUCCAACUUAGUGUCAUGGCUGCAAGGCUGAUGCCCAUCAUAGAGGGUGGCACCUACAGGGUGUGGUCGAGGACUCAAGACCUCCAACUCAGUGCCGAGCAGUCAUAUGACCCAAAUAUGGACCCUGAAAGCCAGUCACUACUCCACUACCAUUGGGAUUGCCAAAGCACAUCAAAGGGUCCAGAACACUGCUCCAGCCUGAACUUCGGCUUGGGGUCGAGCGGUCCUGUACUGGGAAUAUCUGGCUCAGAGUUGGAGGCUGAUGUCGAAUACACUUUCAAACUGUCCAUCAGUAAAGAUGGAAUGACACCAGAGUCCACCACACAAACUGUGCUCGUCCAGAGUGGUCACAUCCCCAUGGUGUAUCUCGAGUGUGUGUCCUGUAGGGCCCAGUCUAUCUACGAAGUCAGCCAGAACUCUUAUGUCUACCUCCGAGGAACCUGCACUAACUGCCAGGGCUUUCACCGCGGGAGAUGGACUGCCAUGACGCUGCAGAACGAGACUCUCAUCCUGGACUCGUCCUCCACCACCACAGGAAAUGACUGUAUGAACCUGGUGCUACGGCAGGGUGUCCUUCGCCAUGGAGACUCGUACAUUUUCACCCUGCACGUAACCGAUUACAUGCUGGAUGGCGAGGGGGCCGCCUCCAUCACGUUGCACCACAACAUGCCUCCGGCUGGGGGGGAGUGUCACCUGAGAGCGGGAGGGGAGGCAGGAGGGGUGAAUGGUGAUGCAGAUGGUGGAGGUUGGACCAUUCGAACGUUGCUGGACAGAGUACACUUCAACUGCUCAGGUUACAGUGAUCGGGGAGUCUCGGAGACACAUUUACUGUACAGUUUGUUGGUGACCCGCUGCAAGGAAGACUACUGUGAGGAGUUCUGUGUGUACAAAGGCAGCAGUCCAGAACAUUCGGCAUUCCUUCCCCCAGGCUUUAGUUCGGCUCGACACCGCGUAGCUGUGUCCAUCACGGUGGAGGACCUUCAGGGAGCAACAAUCACUGCACUCAACAAGUCAGUUGAGGUGGUGCUGCCGGAUCCACCACCUUUUUACAGUAGUCUUCCUCACUGGCUCGCUGAGCUGACUGACAGCAGGCUUAAACAGCUGCUGGAGCAAGGAGACUCUCAGAGGGUCAGGGAGUUAUCCUUGGCUCUUAUUACUGUCCUGAAUGAGUAUGAGCAGAGCAGGGAGUCAACACGGGUGUCUCUAGCAGAGCGGGUUUACCGAGUCAGAGUCCGCAGCAAUAUUACCAGGGCACUGACUGCACUGGAUCUGAACACUGUUAAUGACAUUCAGCAAACCUCUGCUGCGCUGGCACAGUGUACGGCGGUGAGUCGGGAGUUCAUCUGUGAGGAGUGUCAGAACAGUACACUAAACAAACUUGAGUCCAUGUUAGAGAUUCUGCAAAAUGACACCAAGCAGGGAACGGUUACACCAACUGAGAUAGCUGACAACAUCCUGAACAUCAUGGGUGAUCUGAUCCAUCAAGUCAGCCAGUCAGCGUCUUACUUCCAACCCGCCUACGUGGAUUCCGCAUCAGUCUUCUCUACUUUCCCGUUGACCUCCUCUGGUGCAUACCAUGGAGGUAUCCCGUUGGACCCAUCCCCUUCUUCCUUAGAGCCACACCCACUGCGAGUGGCGGCCAAAGCCUACAGCCUGUCCUCAGUCCUCAUGCUGAUCCUUAUGCAUGGUCGCGUCCUGAACGAGGAACCGCUUGUGCUCAGGGGAUCAGAGAUAGCUGCCACAGGAAAACUGGCUGACCCGCAGAGCCUGCUCUGUUACCAUGGCAACAGCAGUCCAGAGUGCCAGCGGUUCUCUAUCCCCAGAGCGUUCAACAGCAGUCUUCGCAGAGCAGCUGCAGGAAACAGUGUCAUGCAGUUACUCUUCCAGUUGGAGUCCAACCCCUUCCCCUUCAACUAUGUAGCCAACUACACCGUCUCUACAGAAGUGGCAUCCAUGGAGUUCCGCACUGAAAAUGGCACCCAGAUUCCCAUCUCCGGCCUGGAUGACAGUCUCGCCAUCACUGUCGCCAUUAACAAUGGCACUGGCGCAGAGCUCGGCACAGAUUCCUCAGGUGCAGCAGGUGUACCUACAGCUGGAGCUGUGAACAUCAGCCGGUGCGACUCUGUCAUCGUCAGGGUGAUCACAGGAAACAACAACCGACAAGCUGGACUGUUUGUUCAACUCAACUUCACCUCUUUGGAAGAUGCAGGACGCAGUACUGAGAGCAAUGAAGACUCUGAGGAGCCAUAUAUCGACGCCUACCUUCAUUCCCAUGAACAUCCGAAUGAAUUCAACUGCACCGACAGAAAACGGAUCACACUCAGUAUGACCCGAAGCCAAGGCCUUGAUCAUAGGAAGUACACUUUCUUCCUAUCGCCUCAGACGUAUGACACCACACUUGACUACUUUAUCAACGUGAGCGCACCCUGCAGCCCCAGCUCACUGUCUGCCGGCAUACAUCUUGAGGUGGGGCUGUUCGUCUCGCUGUGCCAGUAUUUCAGUGAGAGCGAGAAGCAGUGGCGGACAGACGGCAUGGUGCCCCUGGCAGAAACCAAUGCCAGCAGAGCUGUUUGUCGCACCAGACACCUCACCGCCUUUGCCGCAGGCCUCUUUGUUCCACCUCAUGCAAUCAGCUUUACACUACCAAUGCGCUCCGGCCCACCAAGCUUGGUGGUGCUGAUGGUGUGCGUGCUGGGCUUGCUCAGCUAUGUUAUUGCUGCUGCCAUCUUGCACAAGUUAGACCAGCUGGAUUUGCGCCGGGCUGGUGUGGUUCCUCUGUGUGGCACAGAUGGACUCUUUAAAUACGAGGUUCAAGUCAAAACUGGCUGGAGUCUUGGGGCAGGCACAACAGCUCAUGUAGGAAUCAGUUUGUAUGGUCGGGAGGGCCGCACCGGGCACCGCCAUCUUGACAGCAGGGGAGCCUUUACGCGCAACGCCCUCGACAUCUUCCAUAUUGCUACAGACACCAGCCUGGGCAGCGUGUGGAAAAUACGCAUAUGGCACAACAACAAGGGUUUGUCCCCAGCAUGGAUGCUACAGUAUGUCUUGGUCAAGGACUUACAGACAGGAAGCAGUUACUACUUCCAGGUUGAUGAGUGGCUGUCUGUAGACAAUGAGAAAACUGAGGGUCAGGUAGAAAUGGAAGUGGAGGCUUCAGAAGAGGGAUCGCUCCGCCAGUUUCCACGCAUCCUGCGGGUUGAGCUUCAAAGGGCGCUGUGUGAGAGUCACCUGUGGCUGUCGCUGUGGGAGAAGCCCCCUCGCAGCCCCUUUACUCGUUUACAGAGAGCCACAUGUUGUGCUUUGUUACUGCAGUUAUUUUUGGCCUUCAACACGCUGUGGUACAGCAUUGUGGUGGACAAGAGAGUCAGCCCACAGGCCGUGGCGCAGUUAUCUUCACUAAACGGCAAGACUGUGGCAGCAGGUGUGGUGACAUGUUUGAUCGCCUACCCUCUCUACCUCCUCGUCUUCACACUCUUCAGAAUGAGCCGCAGCAAGUGUGUUUCAGUGGAGCAGGUGCCUUCACCAGGGGACCAGGAGUCAGUGGAGAUCGAUUACUUCCUGGACAACUCAAUGGCUGGAAGUUCUUUCCUCUACUUUGAUGGCGAGACCAACUCAGAGGAAACCAAUGUGGAUUUGCCCACCCCAUCCACCAAAAGUUUGGAGAGUUGGGGCAUGGCAGAGGAGGAGACGGAGGACAGAGAUUGGCCAGAGCUGUUGGGUCAUGUGUCUGUGACAGGAGGGGCGGGACAUGGGGCAGGGCUGCCAAGGCUGAAGAGGGGCCAAGGGAGCAGGCACCUGGGUGUGGACAUGACCUUUAACCCUGAUGAUGAGGAUGAGCAACGUCACAAGUAUUUUACUUCUUCAGAUGAAGACCUCAUCAAAUACAUUCUGAGCGAUGGCCAGAACUUGUUUCCGCAAGCAGAUGAAAGUGAAAUGGCUGAUCUGUCGAGCAUUUUAGAUGACAACACAGAGGUGAUUCUUCUCCAGAAAGUCAAUGAUCCUCUUCCUCUCGAAUCAAUGAGAAGAGAACCCGUGAAAACUGCUUUUUCCUCCAAUACAGUUGUGGCAGAUGUGUGUCGUCCCAGACGGUUCCCUCCCUGGUGUGGACGCGCCGCCCUGUGGGGGAGCUGGGCAGCGAUGGCCUUGGCCAACAGUAUAUCCAUUUGGGCAGCUCACGGGUUCAAUCAGAGGGUUGCCAUGAUGUGGCUCAUCUCCUGUUUUGCCAGCUUCCUGUGCUCCUGUCUGCUACUGGAGCCAAUAAAGGUGUUGUGUGAGGCCUUCUACUAUGCAGUGUUUGUCUGUCGUCUGCGGCCUGAGGACCAGGAUGUGUUGGUGGAGUUCCCCACGGUGGAGAGGGUGGUGCAGCGGGUCCACCGGGUGCGGCCACCUCAGGGUUAUGCUCUGUCCCGGGACCGGCACCAGGCCCGCAAGGUCCGCCUGCUGCACACUAUGUUGAAGAACUUCCUGGUUUACAUGUUCUUCUUGUUGGUGGUUCUUCUUCUCAACUAUUCGGACUCUGCCAAAGAUGCACACAGCCUGAGGCUGCAUACUCAAUUGCAACAUGUGCUACACACACCUGAGUACCACAAUAUCAGCAGCCGACAAGAUGUUUUGACUUGGCUGAGGAAAUCCUUAUUACCUCGCCUUCUGAACGACUCUGCUCUCCUUGGAGACACAGGAAGUGUAUUACUAGGCACAAUGAGACUCAGCCAAAUCCACCACACACAGGUUCUGGAUGGUUCCAGAGCAAGAGACAUGUGGCAACCUGCUGUUCCUGCUAGUGUGUGGCAUUUGGAUCAGAGGAGUCGACUCAGUAACUCCACAGACUUGGUCCUCCAGCUGAACAGAAGUCUGGAGGAGGCCUCUAAUUCCCUCCAGCAGCUCCAGCAGCAACACUGGCUUGGUGACAGGAGCCGUGCUUUGUUUGUGGAGUUCUCACUCUACAAUAUCAACACAAAACUUUUGGCAGUCUUUUCUUUCCUUUUUGAGUUCCCAGUUUCUGAGCGUGCUCAGUCUAGCCUUGACCUCAUCGUCAUCACUCUGUGGCCAAUCACAGGGCUGGAUCUGCAGCUUCUUUUAAUGAUGGUCCUUCUUGCCCUGGUGUUAUAUUUCCUGGUGCGGGGGCUUUUGGGUUUCCUCCGAGAAGGCUACUCCUACCUGCUGUCCACCUGGAGACUCCUGGGCAUCUGUAAACUUGCUCUGGCAGCAUCUGUAUGCGGCCUGCAUCUGAGCCGGUGCGUCAUGGCCCAGCAGCAGUGGGCGUUAUACCUCAGUCACCCACGGGAUGCCUUCACAGACUUCUACCCACUUGCCAAACAGAGUCAGAUGUAUACAGUCAUGGCGGCCUUGCUACUCUUUAUAUUAGUACUCAAGGCAUCUCAUCAGUUGCGGUUCCUGCGAGAGUGGGCCUUGUUUGGCCGAGCUCUGCGAUACUCUGUCUGGGAAUUGCUGGGCGUCGCGCUGGCCCUGCUGCUGUUGCUGCUGGCGUACUCGCACACCGGACACCUGCUCUUCCACUCCGUCUUUGAUGGCUACGCUAGUGUCAGCUCCACCUGUUUGUCCUUGUUGGGCGCCGGUGGCCGUGGGCUGUUGUCAUGGGAACCUUCCCGGACACUAACUGGUCCCUCGGGCAGCAUCUCCUCACUGGUGUUCCACGCGAGUUUCGCCGUGCUUCGGUUGAUCUUGAUCUGGUUGGUCACCUCUAUUUUACUGAGGAACUACCGGCGUGGACGUGCAGAGUUGUACCACCCUGCUGUUGACCUGCAAGACUACGAGAUGGUCGAGCUGUUCCUCAGGAGACUGAAAAUGUGGAUGGGACUUAGCAAGACCAAGGAGUUUCGUCACAAGGUUCGUUUCGAAGGCAUGGAGCUGCCGCCGUCGCGCUCCUCGUCAACCAGCGACUGCAAGUCUCUGUGUUUACCACCGCUGGACCGCCCUGACUCUCCAUCCACUCCAGACAGCAUUGAGGCCGGCUCCGAGGCCUCCUGGUGCCCGGCGACCUCCAGUCCCUGCAGCCUGACCGAAGCGCCCGGCGUCGGCCCGGGGCUCGGGCUGGGCCUCGGCCCCGGCGUGGCGGUGGGAGGCGCGAGCCGGAGGGAGAGAUCGGAGAGCGAGGCCUCUCUGAAGAGGCUGCUGCCUACCUUUGACGCCCUGCUGCAACAGCUGGACCGUGUCACCAUGGCAACGGAGGAUCUAUUCCAUAUCGAAUGCCGACUAGAGCGAGCACAGAGGAAGAGGAGACGUAGAGGGAGAGCGAAAGGAGUGGCUCAAGGGGGAGACAAAAACUGUGGACGAAAAGAAAGGAAGAGUGGCAAAGACAAGCACAAAGGGGCCAAGAAGGCCAAAAAAAAGGACACGGGUGAAAUUCCAACAGAGUGUCAGGACUCUGCAGCCAAUCUCAAAAGGACUCCUGCAAAGUCCAAAGCACUGCCCCACUCCUCUCCCCCCUCCAAAUCCUUCAUCAGUGCUCCCCUGCCAACUCCAGUAACAGAACCCUCCACUCCCCCUGCUUCACCACCCAGUACCCCUCUUUCCCAUCCCCAGCCUCCCAAAUCUAGCACAGGGCCUCCAUGCACCUCGGCAGCCACCCCAUCCUCGCCAUCUUCGCCUCCCCCCACCGCCUGGGAGCACCCGCCCGCAGAGAGAGAGACCGUCCCCUCCUCAAGUCUGUUCAACCAUCCGGCCCACACGACGACCAUCCCCACACACAAGCGAAAACGCAAACCUCCCCCGCUUAAAAACAAGGUGCACCCCAACUAAGCAGGGACGUGAGGGAGGAGGCCCAAGUGAGGAGUGGACAAGACAACAAGAGAGGAGAAAGUGGGGUUAAGGACGAGAGGAGGGCGGGACAGCUGGAUUUGUCUCCGAACGCUCCUCUCUAAACCUCACAGAUGACAAAGGUCACAGGAAGGUCAUCGUUUGAUUCCCACAAACAAGGUGCUGGUCACCGGCUCAGACAGCUAGGAAAACACGGAAACCAAGAAACUUGUUCUUUACUCCUCCCGUUCCCCCUUAACCGCUACAAGUGACCCUGGGGGUCACAUGGAGGUCAUCGACAGAAGCACAGGAACGUGCUCACCUGAGGACUAACAGUUGAAAAGAAAUAAAAAAGGAAUUAAUAUGUGUACAUGUUUAGUGUAUGUAAUCAAGAUCUGUUGGUACUAUUACUACUAUGGGUUCUCGUGACGCGUCUGGAAUAUAAAUGUUUUACCACCCCAAAUUUGCAUGCAAGGCAAACACAGAUAUGCGCAACACACGGAGACAAACCUCUGUGGCGGCUUGCCUUCUGCAGCCACUUGUUCAGUGUUACAAAUUAUGUUGGAGCGGUACAGAGAGGAAGAAAAGCCCACUAAGUGAUGUCAUGGGAAAUAUGGAGAGAGAGAGAGAGAGAGAGAGAGAGAGAGAGAGGGAGAGAGAGAGAGAGAGA